ACCGUAUCCGGUCUAAUGGCGGCUGCCAACUAGUGUGUUGCGAGUUGUAACCUGUCAGCCGGUUUUGGCAAGUAUUCAGAUUUCCAGUUUGAGUUGGGAAUAUUGUCGUAGUUGUUUUAAAAUGGCUGCGCAUUUUGUCCCACCAGCAACGCAAGACAAUAAUGAUGGUUGGGGACCUUUGGGUAUACCCGAUCGGUACAAAGAUAUGCCUUACCAACCGUUUUCGAAGAUGUCAGAAUGGGCUGGUGGAAGCAGCAUUAAUUAUUCAUUUCAAGAUCGCAAGUAUGGUGGUGGUGGAAAAUAUGCCGGAGGAGCUGGUGGUAGCCAAUAUGCUUAUCUCCAUGAUGAAGAAGAAAAUAGUUUCCAACUUGUGGACACUGCAAGGACUCCUAGGCCAAUGUAUGCUAGAGGAAGAUUCCUUCGUAAUCAGCGUCUGGCAAGAGGCAGACAGAACUUCAGAAACUCUCAGCCAGUGCCAUUGAAAGGUGGAAAAAUGAAGGAUAAUAGAAUGAGGCAGACCAGAAAUAAGUGGAAUAAUAGAGGUCCACGACAAGGACAAAUUCAAGUGAAAAAUCGUGAAUCAUCAGUAAUUGUGCAGCCAUCAUGGAAAAUAAUUGAAGAAAUGGAUUUCCCCAGGCUGAACAAGUUGUCUUUACGUCUCACUAAGGAAGCUAGUGAUUUGCUUACGUGUGGUGAACUUGAGUUUUAUGACAAGCAAUAUGACCGAGUUACCGUAAAAAAUGAGCGAAGGCUUCAGAGGAUUGACCGUAUUUUUCACAAAGUCACCACCACCGAUGACCCCAUUAUCCGCAAAUUGGCAAAAACGGAAGGCAAUGUUUAUGCUACUGAUUCUAUCCUAGCUACUUUGAUGUGCAGCAUUCGUUCCAACUAUAGCUGGGAUAUAAUAGUUCAAAAAGUUGGUGGUAAACUGUUCUUUGACAAACGUGAUGAUUCAGAAUUUGAUCUGCUUACUGUAUCUGAAACAUCAAAUGAACCUCCUCAAGAAGAGGGUAUUAAUAGUCCUCGAAAUCUGGCAUUGGAAGCAACCUUUAUUAAUCAUAACUUAUCCCAACAAGUUUUGAAAAUGGGGGAAGAAAAAUUCAAAAUGGAAGAGCCUAACCCAUUCAUCUCAGAAGAUGAAGUAGGCGAGGUAGCCUCAGUAGCAUACCGUUAUCGCAAAUGGGAUUUGGACGGAGGUGUCGUCCUAGUUGCUCGUUGCGAGCAUGACGCAGCUACUGUUGGAUCGGCUGGUGAUACGCAGUUCAUUAACAUCAAAGCUCUAAAUGAAUGGGACUCCAGAUUGUCUGGAGGAGUCGAGUGGCGUCAAAAACUAGACACCCAAAGGGGUGCGGUUUUGGCCAACGAGCUAAAGAAUAAUGCGUGCAAGCUGGCUAAGUGGACUGUCCAAGCUCUUCUUGCCAAUUCCGAUUGGAUCAAGUUUGGAUACGUGUCUCGGAUGCAUCUUCGCGAUACAUCACGUCACGUAAUCUUAGGAACCCAGCAGUUCCGUCCGUCAGAUUUCGCCUCGCAAAUCAACCUUAACAUGGACAACGCUUGGGGCAUACUCCGCUGUAUUAUCGAUUUGUGUAUGAAAGAAGAGGACGGCAAGUAUUUGCUGGUGAAGGAUCCCAACAAGCCCGUCAUUCGCCUUUAUAAGGUGCCGGAUAAUACGUUUGAGAGCGACGAUGAAGCUUUCUUCGAAGAAGGAGAAGAAGACGAAUGAAGCCUGUUACAACGGGAAUAUUCCUCCGCAAAUUUUCACUCUACAAUCUUACUAUGCAUAUCGUAUGUAUGUACGUUUGUAAUGGUAUGGUACGGUACACGGAAUAAAGACUUGUUCUUCA